CACGUGCUUAAAAUAUGAGGAACAAGCACCAAAAAGGUAAGAGGUAAGACAGAUAUGAAUGAAGUCACGACAUUUACUAAAUUGACCACCACCACCCACAUCAUCAUCAUCAUCAUUACCAUUACUACUGUUCCAAUUAUCAACACACUAAAACAAGAAUAAAAAGACUACACUACCAAGACCUAUGAAUGAUAAUGAUGAAGCUUGAAGUGUUUACGUGCGUGCGUGUGUGUAUAUAUGGGAACGAGUGUGAUAGUAAAUGAAUGAGAGAGAGAGAGAGACGUGAAGCUGGUUUUACACACUGCCCUAUCGUUAAUGUGUUUCUUCCAAAUUUUACGUUUGACCGAAACUAAAAAAAAAUGAUUCAAAUGGAGAGAGAAGAACAAAACAAAACAAACAACCAAACAAAUAAACAAAUAAUGAAAUAAAUAAAUAUAUAAAGAAUGUGGUUCAUCGUCACAAUUUCUCACUGUCCUCUUAUAUGAAUGAAAUAUUCACUUACAUAAAUGAUGAAUAGAAUUUUCCUUCAAAAAACAAAAAUAGACUCUAUUCUCCUGAUUAAUCUGAUUGUUAGUCAUUAUUAAUAUUGGAUAGUUAACAUUUCAAUAUUUCCAUUUAUCUGAUGAAUCGAAAUGUAUCACAUAAUGUAGGAUUCAUUUCACUAUCGUUAAUAAUAAUGUGAACAUGUUUGUUUUCUACUACUUAUAACUCAUUAGUAGUACUUUUAAAAGAAACACUGUUGGAUUAAUUAAAUGAAUUUUUGGUUAUAUGAAGAUCAUUCAUUAAAUUUACUAGUACUAAUUAUCAUCAAUAUAUCUCUAAUGAAAAUAAUGCAAAUUACUUGAAAUAUUCAACUGAUGACUUCAUCUUCUAUCAUUUGUGAAUCAUUCAAUUCAGAUAUUCAAUAUUCUGAAUUGACUCCAAUUGAUUUAAAUACUACGAAUACAAUUACAACAUCAUCUAAUAUCAUAGAUCCUAUUACUACUACUACUACUACUACUAUUACUCCUCCUCCUCCUGCUACUACUACUACUGCUACUACUACUACUACUGCUACUGUAACAAAUGUUAUAGAAAGUAGUAUAAUUCAUGAAAAUAACAAUUUACCUAUACGUUGUAAAUCAUUAGAAAUAAAAUCAACAGAAAAAUCUUUAAUAAAUUCUACUUCAAAGAAACGUCAUCGUAGUACUGUUGAAAAUCAAUGGAAUCAUUCAAAUUUAAUGAAUACUUUAACAAAUUUAAAAUAUCAUCAUACAAAAAAUAAUUUAUGUUUAUCAUUGAAUGGAGAACAAAAACAUCAAGAAGAAUGUAUUAUAGAUGUAAAGAAACGAAGAACUGUGGAUGAUAAUAUGCUUCAAGUUGGUUCAAUGAUUCCUGAACCAUCAGCAGUUUAUAAUUAUACUACUAAUAAAACAUAUGAAUAUGAUGAAUUAAUUCAUGAUUAUCCAAAAUUUAAAUCUUUUAAUCAACAAGUAAAUAUGAAUAGAACGUAUUCACAUUGGAUGAAUUCAUAUGAACAGUUUGAAAAUAAUAAAGAAGAACUGACAAAUGAACUAUCUACAAAUCGUAUACAAUUAAAACAAUCGAUUAAAAAAGGCUCCACACGUGAGAAUAUACCAAAAACAUUGACGAAUAAUGGUAAUUGGAACACUUUCAGUGAUACAAUGAAUGUUAAUCAUCAUAAAGAUGAAACAGAUAAUGAAUUAUCAUCUGCAUCGGAGCUUACAACUGCUGCGUAUAAUAAUUUUGUACGUCGUGUCGUUGAUGAUACAUUGGAUCGUACAGUGACAUUUUGUGAACAACCAAGACAUGCUAUAACAGCUUUAGAAAAUAUUUGUACAAGAGCAUGGCCUCAAUUAGAAGUGAAACGUCAUCGUAAUCGAAUACGUGCCUAUCUUAAGGCAUGUAGACGUAAUUCCAAAAAGAAUAAAGGUCAAAUCAAUAUGAAAGAACCACCUGCAAAUGGUUUGUCAAUUGAAGCUCGACAGCUUGUAUCAAAAGCAUUAACUUUAGUAGCUGGGGAUUUAGACUACUUAAGACAAACGAUGCAAGCAGAGAAAGUUAAAAAUGAAUCAUUAUUUUCUUCAUCAAAAUUAGACAAUUCAAGUGAGAAAUCAUACUCUGCCGCUUCCACCACUAGGAAACGAUCUCCUACAAGUUAUUCAUCAAAAAUGAAUUUAUCCACCAUAACAACAACAACAACAGCGAACAGUUUAGAUUUCACAGAUAUUUCUAAACCGAGACAUGAUCAAUUUGAAACUUAUGGCGCUGGUGAUAAGUUAAAAUUUAAUAAUAAUAAUAAUAAUAAUAAUAAUAAUAAUAAUAAAAACCUUUGGAAUAUAUCAAAUAAUCUAUUAAAUGAUAUAAUAAAUAAUACAUCAUUUCCAUUUACUGACCCAUUAUUUUGGUCGAAUUCAUUUAUUCAAAAUGCCAAUUUAGAUGGGAAUUAUUUAGCCACUGCGGCAGCGGCAGCAGCGGCUGCCACAGCGAUGGCUGCUGUUAAUCCAGCUAAUCUGUUGAAAUUAUUACCAGCUCCAAUACAAUUAAACAAUAACACAUAUUCAUCUAAUAAUACUAAUAUAAAUACGACUGCUACUAGUACUUCCUAUUCUUUAACUACUUCACCUUUCACAUCAUCUUCAUCAUCAUCAGUAUUUUCAAAUUCACCUAGAUUAUUAAAUAAUGACAAUGUGAAUAAUAAUGAAAAUAUCAAUGUUACUACAACUACUACUAAUAGUAAUAAUAGUAGUAUUGAUUUUGAUGCGAAACAUGAUCAACUAUUAACUAUACAGGGAAAAUAUUCUAAACGAAAUAAAUUGUUAUCACAUACAACAUGGUUCGAUGAUGAUCAUUUGUUCCAGGCCAGUAAUAAUAAUAAUAACAAUGGUAACAAUGGUCACUCCUUAAGUCCUAAGUUGAAUGAGCAUAAAUUUAUAUCAUCCGAUAAAGAUUUCAAUAUAGAAUCAGAGAUAAACAGACAAUCUAAUUUAAUUAACUUUUAUCGUUUAUAUUUGUCAAACGAUCCAAGCCAUAAUAAUAAUAAUGAUUUGAAAUAUUGUUCACCACCGCCUGCACAUAUUAGUUCAAUUCAAUACAGUCCGAUAAUUAAUCAAAUAUUGGACAGAUUAACGGAUUCAUCAUUAUUAACUCAUAAUGAUGUGGAAUUUUUCAUACAAAAUUAUGAAAUUACCAAGGUUGCCAUUCAACAAGCACGUUGUAGAUCGAACUUAAUUUUGAAGAAAAUUGAAAUUGUAGAAAAUCAAAUUAAAUCUUCUUCAACAAUCAAUUCAAAAACAAUGCCAUUAAAUCUAUCUUGAUCACUUAUAUAUAUAUAAUCUGUUUAUUUAUAUAUGUAAAGAAAGAAUGAUUCUUCAGUUUGUCAUUGUGACAAUUAUUUACUGUGUAUAAAUAAUGCGAUCGGAAAGUAAAGACAAGGAAUCAUCUUGAAUUUACACUGUGUUAUACAUUAGAAUUCUAUAAACAGGAACUAAAUCCUGACGAACUGAAUUGUGAACGGAAAACAAACAACAACAGAGUUGUGGUUAUUUCAUUUCGUUUGUUAUUGUUGUUCAUGUUAUUUGUCUUUUUCAGUGUAUUGACCUACUAACUAUAGUUAAAUGCCAAAGACGUCUUUUGUUUUUUCUUUUUAGUAUGUAUGUACAUUGAUUGCUCAAUAGUUAGUUAUUUUGAGAAAUGUAAUUCACUUUUGAUUUGUUAAACAUUUAGUUUUAAAACAAGUAGGUUUUCUGAUGUAUUUUUCUUGAACAAGCUUGUUGAUUGUCAAAGUAAAACAAAGAUGCAGCAUGUUUAAAACUUCAUAACAAGAUUUAUGCCCAAUAUUCAAUUAAUUGUAGAACGAUUAACCAGUGUUUUGGUGAUCAGAAAAUUUAUUUUAGAAUGAUAACGAGAAAAUUGCUAUCGGACCAUUUAAUAAUGUAGUGAGAUAUACUAGACUACUUAUUAAUCGUUUGAGUAGUAUAAUUGCGACAGGCAAUUUUUGUACUCACACGUUUUUCAAGCAUUUUGAUAAUCCGGGUAUUAUUGUAUAGACGAAACGUCAAUGACUAUCCUCUACACAUCAUUUUGAAAAACUAAGUGCCUCCAAACUAAAAUGUAUACAGAUUCCAGUUUUCGCUAAUACACUUCAUAUGAUUGCGAGACUGAUCUACAAAAUCACAAUUAAUACAUGAUAUAUCAAACUUUCAAUAAAAUGAAUCCAGGAAUCUGUCCAACUAUGAUCGUAACUCAUUUAUAAUUGUCUUAAAAGUACAGUUUUUCUCACAAACUUUUCUGCUAGUAAACAUAAGAUGGUAAAAAUAGUAGGUCAACAUUUUUGUAGACAAUGAUUACAUUUAUCAGUAUAGGGUUAUGUAGAUUGUUGAGCUUAGAUUGAAUAUCAUGAAUGAUCAAUGUUACAUUUAUAAAGAAAAAAGACAAUUUAGAGAAGAGAAUUUUCUGAAAAGUUUCAUUUAUUUAAGCUAUACACACGUUUUUAUAGUUAAUAAAUUUGUUAUAAAUGAUGGUUGCAAAAUGUGGCCAUUAAGAGUAGAAGAUACUCGUAGGCUACUGGUAUUUGACAACAGAUGUUUAAAAAAUAUUGCUCCCAGCUGCUGGUAUCACCGGGUAAGUAAUGGUGAGGUUAGACACAGGGUAUUAGGGAACGAUAGUAAAUCAGUUGAUGAGGUUGUGAAUCUUCAUCGACUGAGAUGGUUGGGUCACGUGUUACAUAUGCUUGAACACCGAUUACCACGGCGCACAAUGCUGGCUGGUGUUGGGAGCAGCUGGAAGAAAGUUAGGGGCAGCCAAACCAAAACGUGGCAUCAGUGCUUGAAGUCACUAACUUCUAGUCUUAGCCAUGUUGGUAGAUGCAAACUACUUGGUUGGGGUCCGUGUGACUGUCGUAACCAAUGGUUGGAGACUGUGGGUGAUAUGGUUCAGAAUCAAUCACAAUGGAGUAGGUGUAUACACUCUCUAUCUCCCUUUAAACUAAGAGAUUAAAAUCGCUUCAUAUCCUUUUUUCUACAGAUUAAUUCUUUCUUUAUGUACUAUGUCCUUAUAUGCAAUCCUUCUUUUAUAUAUUACCACCACUGAAUUAAGUACUUCUAUGAAUUUGGUAUUCAUCAUGUUAUGCUAGUUAGGUGUGGCAACUUGGACCGAUGCACAUAUGUACCUGGUCCUACGUUGUGACUGGCUGACGAUAAAUGAUGGCCUGUAUUAAGAUAUAAUGAAAUUGAUUAAUUAAAAAAAGAAAAUUCCAGCAAAUAUACUAACCAUAAAUAUGAUAGUAUAACAAAGGAAACUCACUUCACUGAACUAUCCUUAUUCUUCAUCAAUCAUACAACGAGACUCCAUAUAUAUUUAAUCAUUGAAUUUACUGACCUACUCACUUACUUGUGUUUACUUAAACUGCCAAUAAAUAUUACAAACGUUUCGUACAUUGUAAAUAGUUUUAUUUGUUGUGAUUUUAAGGUAUAUAAGUAGUUUGUUUCACAAAAUUAACUGUAGAGAUGUUAGGUUUGAAGCUUCACGAGUUCACUUAAAUCUGUGAACGAGAACAAGACUCAGUGAUCAAAGACCAGUAAUCUAGCUAUUGAUGCGUUCCAGCCCCGCUAUCUAGAAGAAGUUCAAGCUUGGUAUGGAAAAUAUAUUCUGCAAACAGCCAGAAAACGAGCGAGCACCACAAACACAAU